UCUCGACAAGCGAGCUUCUACGCAACAGAAGCAAUCCAUCCGUACUCGCUGUCGAAGCAAUGGGCGGAGCAAGAAGAAGUUGACGGCGACCUCGCGCUCGUGCGAGAGGAGAACAAGGAAACCUCGGACCGAGUUCUUGCGAAGGCAACGUCGGAUCCCGGUUUCUUGAAAUGGGUUUGCCGGAAAUCGUCCAAGUUGCCCGGGAAAUUUCCGUCAUGGUCCGAGUUCAAGGCCCUGACCCAAAGGGCCUGAAGAUGCGGAACCAUGCUUUCCAUCAAUACCAGUCUGGGAUAACAACGCUGUCGGCUUCGGGUAUGUUGGUGCCCAAGGUUCUUUACGGCUCUGGAUUGGCGAGUCGAGUUCUUGGCAACGAUAAUUGGAGCGGAGCAUUGGUUGUCACCGUCGCGUCAGUGGUCGAGCCUUUUCUAUCAUUGUGGCACAGGGAGAACAAUUCGAAGGGCCAGCCUGAGUUGAUUUCUGGUGCUCAGAUCGACAUUUUGGUGGAGAACACCAUGAGGGCAGAAGACACUGAAGGACUGGAUAGAGAAGUCCCUAGUUGGCGAAGUGCCCAGCUUUUAACGUUGGUUGAUGUACCUGGCUCCUCCCUUGCAUUGCAGUCGCUAGUUGAAGCUUCCUCUGGCUUGGUGGGUCAUGGUUGGGAAAUUGGUUGGUCUCUGGCAUCUAUCGACAGCAGUGCACAAAACUUUACGGGGAUUCAGAGCCAAAGGCCUAUGGCACUUGAGGAGUCAGCAAAUCCAAGUCUUAUGGGCAAGUCACUCACUAAAUUUGCUGUACUUGGGGUUCCCCUAUUUCCCGAGAAUUUGCCAAACAUAGCUGUAUCGCCUUCAAUUAAGAGAGGGGAGUUUCUUUUAGCAGCAGGUUCUCCAUUUGGUAUCCUUUCACCCGUUCACUUCAUCAACAGUAUCUCAGUGGGAACUAUUGCCAACAUCUAUCCACCUGGUUCACCCAACAGAUCAUUGCUGAUGGCUGACAUUCGGUGUCUUCCUGGCAUGGAAGGUGGUCCUGUUCUUGACAAGAACGCGGAUCUAAUUGGUAUUCUCAUAAGACCAUUAAGGCAAAAAGCUAGUGGUGCAGAAGUUCAGCUUUUGGUUCCAUGGGAAGCCAUUGCAACUGCUUGCGCAGAUGUGCUUCCAGAGGAGCCUAAGAAGGCUGGAUUGGGGAACCAUCAUAACCUGGGAAAUCCAAACAAUCAGGGGAAGGCAUUUAUCUAUAACAGCGACCUGAAUGGGCCCGUGAAUUCCAUUGCUGAGGAUCCUUCUUGCCAUUCCUCAGCAACACUUGAGAAAGCAAUGGCUUCUGUUUGUCUUGUUACGGUUAAUGAUGCUGCAUGGGCUUCUGGCGUUUUACUGAAUAGUGAAGGCCUCAUAAUGACCAAUGCUCACUUGUUGGAACCGUGGAGGUUUGGGAAGGCAACUGUUAGUAGUAAAGAGAACGGAAUAAAAUCAGGUCGUCCUAGGCCAAGUGGUGGCAUUGAAAAGCAGGAGAGCGAGGAUAUGGGGCCUAGUAUAUCAGGAUUUGGAGAGUGUUUCACAGAAGAUAAAUUUGCAAAGUACAGCUCAAGUUCACCUUACAGUGGUCAUAAGAAUAUACGCGUUCGCCUGGAUCAUACUAGACCUUGGAUUUGGUGUGAUGCUAAAGUAGUGUAUAUUAGUAAAGGGCCUCUAGAUGUUGCCCUAUUACAGCUUGUCCAUGCUCCAGAUCAGCUGUCCCCUGUUAUUAUGGAUUCUGCAUCCCCGCCUUUAGGAUCAAAGGCAUAUGUCAUCGGACAUGGUUUAUUCGGACCAAGAUGUGGCUUGUUCCCAUCUGUAUCUGUUGGUGUGGUGGCAAAAGUAGUCAAAGCAAAGCGGUCGUGCUCCUCUCUCUCAGUGAUAAGGGAAGAUGCAGGAGACAUCCCAGCAAUGCUCGAAACAACUGCUGCUGUUCAUCCAGGUGCUAGUGGCGGUUUGGUUGUCAAUUUUGAUGGUUGUAUGAUCGGACUUAUUACAAGCAAUGCGAGACAUGGUGGAGGCACGGUCAUACCACACUUGAACUUCAGCAUUCCUUGUGCGGCUUUGGCUCCAAUCUUCAAGUUUUCACAAGACAUGCGGGAUCCCAUGGUCUUGCAAGAUCUUGAUCGGCCAAAUGCAGAGAUUUCUUCCAUUUGGGCUUUGAUGCCGUCACUAGCUCCCAAACCGCACCCUGGUUUGCCUCAUUCAGUACCGCAAGAUAACAUGAAAGAAGGGAAGGGCUCUCGGUUUGCCAAAUUUAUAUCAGACACCGACAUAUUCAAAAGCUCGACUGGAGAUAGCAAACCAGGAAAACUUCCUCUUCAGAAUAUACGAAGUAAGUUGUGAUGUCCAGCUACAUCUCGGGGUCACCAAUCACCAUAGAUGUGACAUUACCAAAAACUUUCGGGGCUAAGUUGUGGCAGCAUCUUCAGCAAGAGAUUCGAUGGUCCACGGAAGACGGUCCUCUUAUUGAGAGCUGGACUAUCUUAGCUCUCGAUCUCGGUCUCGGUACAGUAGAUGUUCCAGUGUACUCAAAAAAUGUUUUCCUCAGUGACUGUUUCUGCAAUUUAGUCUUGUUCCCAUCUGUAUCGCCCAAUUCCUCUUUUUUUUCCCCUUGCAUCGUUGCGAAAACGGCUGUCAUACCGGUUGGCAUAAUCAGAGUCACCUGAAUUUUGCAGUAUAGACUAUUGAGUUUCGUUCCU